CUAGGCCAUUCAAGGCUAGCACUGCAUUUUCAAUUAAGCUCUGAGUGAAUCCCUGGCAUGUGCAGAAGCAAAACGGGUGCACAAUUAGCUUAUUGUUCCUUUAGCUGUGUGUGUGUGGAGAGAGGAUCUAAAGGACUGAAGAAAAGAAGCCAGUCAGUUACAAGAACUGCCAUUGAUGUGGAAUAAGGGAGUUGCUCUUUUCAUGCAGCAGCACUUGAUAAGACUGAAAAUACAGCUAUCGCCAAACUGCAUUGAGAGUCAUCUUAAAAGCAUUUGCCAGAGGCUAGAUACUUGGACUGCUCGGCUUUACUGGGGGUGUCAAUUUUUUUUCUUCAAAUUACCAUCUGCACAAAAUGGAACCCAACAGUCCUAAAAAGAUACAGUUUGCCGUGCCAUUAUUUCAGAGUCAGUUGGACCCAGAAGCCUCAGAACAGAUCAGAAAGAGAAGGCCGACGCCAGCGUCUCUGGUUAUUUUAAACGAACCAUCACCGCCAGAAAUCAAUGACAACAGGACGAGCAGUACACACCAAGAGAAUGUUUCCCCCAAACAGAGGAAGCAAAGUGUCUAUUCGGCCCCUAACAUGAAAGGCCUCAAUGAGCAGACUAAACCUUUAAUUUAUACUGAUGACAAUCAGCAAACAGUGACUGAGACAACUGAACUUCUUAAACCAAGACGAAAAGACACUCCAUACGGCCUUGACUUGCCAUUAUUUCCAGGGGUUACACAGAUAAAAAAUCAGGAGGGAUCUCCUUUUCUUGAGGAAGAAGAAGACAAUGCCGAGGAUGAAGAGUGCGACCACUGAAUACAGAUGCGGCCAUUUUUUUUUAAUUACGUAUAAGAACUAUAACUGCAGACUAUUUUGUCAUCCUCUGAAAACAUAUUGGGAGGUAUUUGUCUUUCAGCAUUGUAGAGAGUGUUUUUUAUAGGAGAGAUUUCUUCCAUGAACUGUAGAGAAUCAAUAAACAACUUCAUCAUAAUCAGAUACAGAAUCCGAGCACAUACAUGAUGUCACAGCCUUCAGAUUUCCUCUAUUAUUUCUAAUACCUGGCUAACAGUGUGCAGUGCAGCGAGAAGACAAUCAUCUGUAAAUAGUACAAAUAACAACCAAUGUAUAAAUAAAUAUUUAGAGAAAAACUAUGUUUAUUGUUUC